AUGUCCACUACCGCCACCAUCGCCAAGGCCGCCGCAGCCUUCACUCCUGAAAUGAACAAGGCAGUCAUCCUCAAGUACUUCACCGAGUACUGGGCCAAGGGCAACGCCGACAUUGUCGACGAGGUUUGCCUCCCCAACUAUGUCAUGCACUACCCUCUCCAUGGUACUACCACUGGCCGCACCAACGCCAAGGCCUUCAGGACCAACUUCAGCGAGGGCUUCCCCGACCUCACUUUCUGGGCUGUUGGCCCGCUCAUCGCCGAGAACACUCCGGAGGGCGACUUCGUCGCCGGCCGCUGGGAGGGCGGCGGUACCCACACCGGUCCCGUCCCUGGCCCCUCGAUGGUCUACGGCAACUUCAAGGAGACCGCCACCGGCAAGAAGAUGGUCUUCUCGGGCACGACUGUGUUCCGUCUCGAGAAUGGCAUGAUCGCCGAGGAAAUGGGUGAGGAGGGUGCCAUUUCCGCUCUCUCUCAGCUUGGCAUUGUUGGCCCCCUCAACUUCUGA